CGGAACAGCUGUCCCCCAAAAUGCUUCUCCAAGUCUGCCUGAUAACACAGCUGCCUCCUGCAGAGCAACUCCCCAGAUACAUCUGCGGGCCCAGGGGAUGUGCUGGAGCUGCGCUACAAACUCAGUCUUGUGCCCAGCACCUCUCGUGACAGUGCAGACACACGCUGGAAUAUCCCACACUCAUUUCUUCUCCCCCCUUCCAGCCCUCUUCCCCCCCAAAAGAUCCCGAAUACUUUACAUAAGUGCUCAGAGGCCCAGCAGGCUCUGUGAUAUGCAACAGCUCUUUUGUAACGGGGACAAAAAUAAGCAGCUUGUUCUUUCCGGUCUGAGCCGAGAGUCUCAAGUUUCAGCUCCUCCUUCACAUUCCAGGCCUGCCCAGGCUGCUCUCCAAAGAUUUCAAAAAUGGAGCCUCUCACAACUAGUUAUCCUCUGAAAUACUCAGUGCACAAAGCUAGGAUCUUUGUUGUCUUCCUGUCAAUGGUUUUGUGCACCACCAUUCUCUGCCUGCUGCAACUCAGGUUUUUUAAGCCUAAAAUCAAAGAUUUUUAUUCUUUUGAAGUCAAGGAUUCACGAGGAAGGAUUAUUUCCUUGGAGAAGUACAGAGGGAAAGCAACUUUGGUUGUAAACGUGGCCAGUUACUGCCAGUACACAGACAAAAAUUACAUCGCACUGCAAGAGCUGCACAGAGAGUUUGGUCCCUCCCACUUCACUGUGCUGGCGUUUCCCUGCAACCAGUUCGGAGAAUCAGAGCCUAGCUCAAGCCAGGAAAUAGAAUCCUUUGCCAGAGGAAACUAUGGAGUAACAUUCCCUGUUUUCCACAAAAUCAAGAUCCUAGGAUCAGAAGCAGAUCCAGCCUUUAAAUUUCUAAUAGAUUCUUCAAAGAAAGAGCCUCGAUGGAAUUUCUGGAAGUACCUUGUUAGCCCUGAGGGUAAAGUUGUGAAAUUCUGGAGACCUGAAGAGCCAAUAGAAAGUAUCAAACCAGAGGUAACAUCAUUAAUCAGGCAGAUCAUCAUGAAGAAAAGAGAAGACCUCUGAAAAAGCCAUUCAACACCAGAAGUGUACAGCCUUUCUAUUGCUGAGAAAUGUUGCUAGAAGCUAAACCAUCAGGUGAUUUUGCUACUCUUUUAACUUUGGUGUUUGCCAUUUGUCUGCUCGUUCUGGAGUGGCUCCUGCAGUGGCCUCGAGAACAGCGGAGUUACUGACACAGCGAGGCACUCAGUACACUGCAGGGAGGGACCAGCAAUUUGCAUAGAGGGUUUAUGAUUUCUUUUUCUGAAUUGCUGACAAUAGCUAAUUAAAAUUGUCACCAGCAGGUAAAUAGUUAGAAAGAAGGUUUAUUAAUAAAUGUUGCAUAUUUACACAAGUUUUUUCCCCCAUUAUACCAGUAACACAAAGAUCUUAUACUCCAUUAACACAUAAUUGCCCUGCCAUGAAAGACAUGGGAUCCAGAGACAUCCAUAGCAGGGUUUCACAUAUGUAACUGAAGAUACCAGUUUUGUAAUAUCUUCUCAAGGAAGACUACUGAAUUGUGAAGCUGCCGGUUGCAAAAAAAAUGUGCAUAGAAAAUAAAACUAUUAAAAGAAGAAAAUAAAAGAAAUAAAGUUUGCUUGCUGCUUCA